UGGUCACGAGUCGGCACACUCAGCCAAUCUGAGCGAAGAUAGGUAUUUUGUUCGAAACUUCGCUGCUAUUUAACGCACUUCACUUUUCUGUGACAGCCAGUGAAAGUGAAAGUCGGGAAUGCACGCAGUCGUACAAACCACAAUAACAUAGACAUUGUAUUCAUCUACAGGUGAUUGCGACUAUUGAAUAUCAUAAUCAUUUGGAACGGCCGAAACAAUUUAUAAAACUUGAUAUUGCGAAAUUAGGAGACUUGAUUUAUUUCAUUUAAAAAAGCAAUCUCUUAUUCUUUUAAAACCUCGAUUUGAAGACAACAAAUGAAAUGACUGGGUAUCAAUCACCAACUUCGAGCUUAGACGAAUUGGUGCACGGGAAGUCAUGUCUUUAUAGCGGAUCGAGCAACAGCAGUUACAGUGAUUCAGAGGGAGACGCCAUGGAACAAUUCCUCGACCAGAUACAACCGAUCUAUAACGCACAUCAAACUGCGUUGUGCGCGAGAAACGGAGACACGAACAGAAAUACUACGCAAUUCGCGCAUUCUAUGAAUGUUGCUCCCCAACAACAACCCCUAAAUGCUUCAAACACCCAGAUGAGGGAAACGAACAAUAAAACUUCCAAGAAGAGGAGCGGUAAAACCUACAAGCAUAUUCCACAUAGCGAAAAAGCGCCUCAGGUUGUUGCGAAAAGAAAUGCGCGAGAGCGACGACGCGUGCAAGCAGUUAACGGCGCGUUUAUUCGAUUACGCCGACACGUUCCAUACGAGAACAAACACAAGCGGCUAUCUAAGGUGAAGACUCUUCGUUUCGCCAUUGAAUACAUACACUAUCUGAAAACCAUGAUCCACGACUACGAUGACCAACUUACACGAAGCUGCAGACACACUACGCCACACAGAAUCCAAAUGGCAGAAAUAAAUUCAUCCGCAAAAGAAAAUAAUGCACAGUGGCUUCCUGUUGAAAUGCCCCAGCAGGUUGCUAACCAGGGUGAGUAUUAUAGUUACGACAUGCCAUAUCACCAUCACUACCACCAAUAGCUAGAGCGAACCAAUCAAAGCGACGACAUGCUAUAUCACCAAGACAACCACCGGUAACACAAUCUGGACGAGGCCAGAGUAUCAUAGCUACGAUAUGCGAUUUAUCCGCCAUCACUACAAACAAUAUCGUGAAACCAUUGAAGCAACUACACCAAGACAACCGCCGGUAACUGAACCAGGAUGAGAGGAGCGUGUUUUAGCUACAAUAUGCCUUAUGACAAAAGUGCAAAAGCAUGAAAGUGACGACAAGACUACCCGACCAAACAAAAAUAGGGGAAAUGUUAGGAUGCAUAUACGUGUAUCAUAUGUAAAGAUAUGUCUGCCGCGCCUUGCCAAUAUUGAACAUUCAUAGCAUGUAUAUGUUUUAUAUUUAUUUAUCCUAAAUUCAGUAUAAAAUUUGGUGAACAAAGAGGUUUAUAUAUAUUUUAUUAUUU